AUGAACAAAAGCGUUGUUUAUACAAGAUGGGGAAAGAAGACAUGUCCCUCGAAUGCAGAGUUGGUUCUCUCUGGAUUUACCGGUGGUUCACAUUAUCAUCAAAGGGGAGCGGCUGUUGAGCCCCUUUGUUUACCAUUAGAUCCAGAAUGGGGCCAGUACAAAGAUGGAACUGACGGUGAUAAAGCUUAUGUAUAUGGAGCAGAAUACGAAACGGAAUACGGUCUGGGUAACAUGCGCAGACUCCAUCAACAUGACGUACCGUGUGCUGUCUGCCUGAUUCAUAAUAAAUCUGUUCUUAGAGUAUUCCCAGCAAGGAAAACUUGUUACAAAGGUUGGAAAUUGGAAUAUGAUGGAUAUCUAAUGGCGGGAUAUCAUAAUCAUCCUGCUGCCACAACGUACAAAUGUGUGGAUAGGAACCCUGAUACUAUUACUGGGGGUCAUUCUAAUCACGAUGGUUAUCUCUUCUAUUCCGUGGAGGCAAUCUGUGGAUCAUUGAAAUGUCCACCAUACGUAAACGGACGGGAACUUGUAUGUGUUGUCUGCUCCAAGGCCUAGAAGUGUCCGACAGGACAGUGGAAAUACAUCCACACAAUAAAAAAGUGGAUCCAGAAUUAAUAGCUGUGUUAUUCUUUUCCAUACUUGUUGAGAGAGAUUAAUAAGAAUAAUGAUAUAUUCUAUUUUGUCUAAAUGUCUAAUAUUUGCCUCAUUGCAUCGCUCACAAUUCUUUUAAAACAACAAUGUGUUUGGUAGAUAUAAAACAAACAAUUUACGAUCUGAUCUAAAUUAAAUAUUUGUGCUACUUGUUUUUAUUUUUUGUUUCAUG